CCUUCCUGGCGCGCGGAGCGCGCCAGGGGCGGUGCAUUAGCGCGGACCUCUGGAAGUUACUGUUCAUGCCGUUCUUGUUGUUCUACCCCAGGACCCUCACAUAUUUAUCCAAGUCGAGAAAGCACCAGUCAAGUGCAGUCGGUAGUUAUGGUCGGUUGUCGAUUGGUUUCUUCUGCGUCAUUGAUCUGUUCGCGACGUCGGAGCUCGCCAGAUGGCGCGUGAGGAGGAGCUCUGUUGGAGCACGCUGCGGGCCACAAUAUUGGCCUCGUCGGGGUCCACCUGCCUGGGCAAGGUCGUCACGCACCCUCUGGACACGGUGAAGGCGCGGCUGCAGGUGAGAAUUGUUGCGCCCAGUGUGCCGGGGGGGUCUGGGCCACAAUUCCGGGGGUGCCAACCAUCUGCGUGGGACUUCGUCCGGAGCAUCCUCCGUCAGCCGCGCAGCUUGUACCAGGGAUUCCCAGUGGCAGUGGCGGGAGCGCUGCCGGCGGGUGCAAUGUACCUGACGUGCUACGAGCUGUUCCGACCGGUGUGCGAGAGGAGACUUGGACUGGUCCCGGCGGGCGGGGGAUCGGAGCACGGCUUCGCGAGCACUUUGCUCCAGGUCCUUGUCCCGUCCUUCGUGGCGGGUCUCGGGGCCGAGGCCGUCAGCUGCAUCUUCUGGUGCCCCACGGACAUCGUCAAGGAGAGGUUGCAGGUGCAGCAGGACCUGAAGCUGUACACUUACUCGUCGUCCUGGGACGCGGUGCGCACCGUGCUGCGGCAGGAGGGCGCGGUUGGUCUGUACCGUGGGUACGGCGCGACGCUCCUGGCGUUCGGGCCGCAGACGGCCGCCAACCUCGCGGCCUACGAGCUGCUGGAGGCCGUGGCGCGCAGGAGGCUCCACGGCCCGGGCGCCUCCGCAGGCGCUGGCGGCAGGCGGCCGCUGCCGCUGUGGGUCACCCUCCCGUGCGCCUGCGUGGCCGGGUGCGCUGCAUGCCUGCUGUCGAACCCGCUGGAUCUGGCGAAGCUGCGCAUGCAGGUGGUGCGGUCGCAGCGCUCAGCACGGCAUGGAGCUGGGGGCGUCAAGACCACCGACGCAAUCUUCCGCUACCGCAGCGUCGCCGACGCCCUCGUGCAGGUGGCAAGAACGGAGGGGGUCGCGGCGCUCUGGAAGGGCGCCUUCUUCCGCUGCCUCUGCCACGUCCCGCAGACGGCGAUCACGGUCGGAACCUUUAAGUGGUUGAACCAGUGAGGGCACCCAGAGGCCAGUGGAAGAGACGAAGUUGUCGGAACGAGUCACAGAGCCCAUUGCACAGGCAUGUACAGUACGCGGCAGAAGCUCGCCAGCUGAAGGCCGGGCGCGGUUGGUUUUUAGCCCGGCUCGCUCUCCUUGUGCGACAUCCACAGAAGCUGGCCGCUAACAGGGAAACCGAAUACCCCUUAGCGGUUCCUCUUUGGGGUGCCCAAGUGUCACGCGUACUAUGUCGCGGUGAUCACUGGGCGGUCAAAAAAGAUGAGUCCGAACAUCCAAACAGGCCAAUCGCUUGAGACAUCCCCA